AUGUCGACAAGGAUCCACGCGUCGGACACCGAACCGCCGCCGAUCUCUUUCCCGAAAGACUUCGAAGAACAGCGACCGGUGAUUCCGUACGCUUUCCUCGUGCUCUCCUUUUUGUGCGUGUGUCUUUCUUUUGGCUGCUCGUUGGUGAUUUCGUUGACGUUGACGCAGAUUCACAACUACGGGAAUGGAUCGGGAGGAGACUUCUAUGCUGAGUGGGAUUUUCGAUAUGAGGAUUUUGGCAGUUCGUUGAUCAAUUUCACGACGCAAAGAAGAAGUUACCUAUCGAAUCCGCAAAAGGAAAUGCUGAAAACUGUUGACUCAAUCGGUUUCCUGAUCCUCCUUGUGCCGUUGAUCUGCUUCUACAAUAAAUUUGGAUUUUGUCGAGGCUUUCUGUUGACAUGCGCUUUCUCGAUCGUUCCCUCGUUUUUUCUGCCAAUGUUCAUCAAUGUGCAGACUUAUGUGGUAGCGAUAAUGUUGAGGAUAUUACAGGGAAUCGGCUGGAUUUGUGUGGUGCCAUUUAUCGGGAAACUUUGCGCUUUCUUGGAUGUUCAAGAGAAUAAAUACAUCUCGUGGAUGUCGUUUAGCUAUAUGCAGGCAUCAGCUGUCCUGGUUUACCCAAUCUCUGGAAUCAUCAUGGCGACAGAACUCGGAUGGCAUGCACCGCAUCACAUUGUGGCUGCCUCUCUAUUGAUCCUUUUAAUCCUCUUCAUGAUGUGUCAUUACUCGGAGGAUUUCAAAUGGGAUGUCGUGGAAAAACGAUGGACUGAAAUUUUCCGCGGUCAUUCCCUUGGAUCUCAUCUGUUCACGAUGAGGCUACCCUACCUGUCGAUAUAUCAAGAUUUCCGCAUUUGGGUGUGUUUCUUGGCAGCGGCUGCUCAUUUCUCGAUCAUCGCUUUUUCGCUGGAAGUUGUACCGACAAUUUAUGUUAAAGUCCUAGACCUGGAGAUCGGUUGGGCGGGUUUCUUGGCGGCUCUCGGCCCGGCGAUUUCUCUCCCAGUUGGCUACUUUUCGAUUGGACUUUUUGAGAAGUUAAAAUCGUUAACUGAAACAAAUCGUCUCCGCUUUUUUCAUUUAUUGUCCACGCUUUUCCCGGCGCUUCUCUUCCUUGUGAUUGCUUUCAUCGAUCCCACAGAGAAGGGCAAUCUCGUGAUGGGACUUUGCACCGUAGCCGUGGCUUUCUCCGGUUUCGCCUAUUCAGGCGUUUUUCGAAUGUCUCAAAUUAGGAGCAAACAAUUCAACGCUUUCGUCGUUGUGCAUCUCCUCGUCGCUCAGAUUCUCUCAUUCUUUUUAACCUCACUCGUCACAGCGCUUAUCUCGCAAAAGAAUGAAUACACUGCUUGGCGGAAUUUGUUCAUGGGUGAAACGAUAGUACUCGUUGUUUCCGGGGGACUCUUUGCCUUGUGUGCCUCAAAUGAGGCGGCUGCCUGGACAAGUGAUGGCUACCAAGACACAUCGAUGAAGCCGAAACGCGACGAUCCUUUACCCCAAUUCCCGCUG